CAUUAACGUCAAUAUGCCAACCGUCUAGCUUUGACAAACAUCGAUCGUCAGCUCGCUAGGCACCACAGUCAUGCCAUACGAAGCGUCUACUCGAAUAGCCAGCACAGUUUCGAUAGCUGACAGGGCUCGACAAACGUAAUUUCCAGAGUUGGGCCUUUCAUAGGCGUGCUUUCAUGUGUGUCGAGAAGGUGUAUAAAUUACUGGGCUAGUGGAGAGGAUAGAAAAUUCCGCAAUUUCUCAAAGCUUCAAGUACUCAUACUUCCAAAGAAAAUGUAUCCGGGACUGUCCAAGUCUUUAGUGCCACAGGGCUAUCAUCAAAGACGAUAUCCUGCAUACUAUCCUCCUGCUACCAGUCUGACACGUUAUGCUAGACCUCCAUUUGCACAAGACUAUCAUAAGUACAAAUCCCAGUCCCGGCGAAAGCGGCCAGGUUCGCGUCAUUCCAUGCUGAAAGAUUGCAGCCUGCCCUUUUCUGCCACGCCCAGCUGGAACAUCGACUAUGCCACCGCCCAGCUCAUCGACCACAUACAUAAGACCGACACGAACAAUGCAGAGAAGUGCAAGUCGGCGAUUGGAGACUGCUUGUCAAGCUUAGCAAAUGAUGGAAGCAUGUUCGAAGCAUUCGAGCUCCUGGAUCAUGCCAUCUUUGAUAACAAACUGAGAGGCGCAGUGUUCAUGGCAUGGACAGACGUUCGCCUGAGCGGAUAUGCUGCGACCUAUGCGCCUGGAGUAAGAUUCCCCCGCAUUGCCAUUCUGCUUGACAGUGAGUUCAGCAGGGUGAGAAAUGCAGGUGUCUAUCUUUCGACGCUGCUUCAUCAAAUGAUACAUGCAUACUUCCUGGUUACAUGCGUACCCCCAUCUGAAGGCGUGAAGGACGCACGAUUGGAUCACGGUAAACACUUCCUCAAGAUCUGCUCAGUCCUUCGGGAUCUCAGUGUCCAAGAAAAAGACCAGACAAUUCAGCCUGACUUCGGUGCGGUCGUCAUGAAAGAUGUACCUAACAACAACAACCCCUGGGCUAUCACCAUGUUUGGAUCGCCAUCAACCUUCCAGCACCGUCAUCACCACCACGACUUUUACAGCCGCUUCAAUGACACCAUCACCAAAGAUACCGACGGCAAGCAAAGUAACUGCGGCUCCAAGCCCACCGAAACAGUCCAACAAGCCGAUAUCGACAAAUGGUACACAUCCACCUGCGAGCCCCUUCUCAAAGCAAAAUCCUGCCAAGGCCCAAACACAAAUGUCCUCGCCAAAGGCAACAAAUUAGAAAUAAAGCCCCGCGACACCUUCGCAGAGCCCAUCCACGAGUUCAUACUCGACGACAAACCAAUCGCCUUCCCGUGCUCCGCCCUCAGCCGCUACCCUCAGUCCAAAAAACUCAAACGCAUCGUCCCUAUCCCAAAGUCCUGCCCAAAGGAGACCUUCUUCGCCCUCACAGACUUCAUCACCACGAGUACCUAUUCCCCCGAUCUAUCCUCCUUCCCCUACCGCACCACCGGCUCAGCCCCUAUCAUCCUACCACGUUCCCUUGAUGCCGCCGCUCAAGCACACGCCCUCGCACACGUCCGCGUCGCAAAACUCGCGCUAGCCCUCCCAUGCCCAGAGCUCGCCACCGAAGCCCUCAAGCGCCUCCAUGACCUGCCCGACAUCCGCGAGGACGCCGUGGUCGUCCUCGACGAGAUCUACUCUGCCAGCCUAGCAUACGGCAAGGUCGACAAGGACAAAGGCUAUGCGGCGCCGGAGGGCCUGCGCGCUUGGGUUCGCCAUUUGCUUGCGCGGGAGCCGGAGCACGCGGGGCUGGGUCUGGCAAAUUGGGAUGUACUGGCGUGCGAGCCUGGGUUCGCGAGGCUGAUGCGCGGAAAUGCGGAGUUGGGACAAGAUGUCGAGGUUGUGGAGGGUAUGAGGGCGCAGAGAGCGUACGCGCGCGGUGGUGGUAGUGGUGGUGGCCCGCUUGAUGGGUUUGCGUUUGGAUUGGGCCAGGCGUUGCCCGGGGUGGAUGUGUAUGCGGCGGAGAGGCUUAGGGAGAUCAGAGCGGAGGAGAGGGCGGUGGUUGCGAGGGCGGAGGCGCUGGGUGCGUUGUCGCCGCCAUCAGGAUAUGAGUAUGGGUUUCGUGAUGAGCCGUUCUUUCCGGCGGCAGGGAACUAUGGAUCGUACUAUCAUCGGAGUGAGAGGUUUCCCUAAGUCAGGGCGUGGGAGAACUCAUGUGUAGAAUUCUCAUACUUUGGAGGGCAUAGAGCACGAAGAUUGGGGUUGGUAUGAUCCUUUUCUUGUUUCCACCCCUUCGACACGAGAUGCGAGCAUCCUACUGCUGAUUAGACAGCCAUGG